AUGAGAAGAGGGGGCUCCCUGCACUCCCCGAGACCACGGGCCCUCGCUGCCACUCGCCAGGCGCCCUCCUUCCUCCUCAGCGAGGACCAGAAGGUAUUCCGCACAGUUUCUCGUGACUUGAAGGACCGGGCAUUCUGGGAGGUUCGAGGUCUUCCCAGGAAGGAAGGGGAUCUCGGGAAGAAAGGGGAAGGACGACAGGCACUGCCCUGGGACCAGCAGAACCGGAGGAGCUGUGGGAAGCUUCGGGACACCAGCCAGAGGCGUGGGAAGAAGCCCCAGCCCCGGGCCCACGCUGCCUUCUGA